AUAUUGCAACCGUGCAAUUAUUGAACGAGACAUCACUUUUUUCGUUCAAUUUUGUCACUAUAACGAAUAUGUCAUCAAAUACAAAUGUGAGGAAAACUGCGAAUGUCAAACGCAAUAGAGACGUUGAAACGAAAGAAUUUCUGUGCAGUUGGUUUGUCGAAAAAACUGAAAAUUUGUUGUGAAAACUAUUAUUCGCUUUUGUUUAAAACCGUUUAAAAAUAGAAGAAAAAAAUAAAACAAAAGGAAAAAAAUACAUCUUAAAAUAGGUGUAUUUGAGAAAAAAGUGCUGUGAAAAGCUAUUUGGUUUGGAAAAGUUUUCGCUGAUCUAUUAUCAGCAAAAUAUAUUGCAGUGUAAAAAAGAAGAAAAACAAAGAACUUUCGGUGCAAAAGGGCCCAAACUAAAAGUCACUAAUAUUAGCUGGUGUCAUAAUAUAUAAAGAGUAUAUAUUUUUAUAACUUAUAGUGUAAUAAAUCCCUGGGUUGAUAAUAAACUGCAUACAAGUUGCUGUGUUGAUUUCUGUUUGCUGGCAGUGGUGAGGGCCAGACGACAACGACGGCGGAGCUCAACAGUUGCCGACUUUUUUCCAGUAAUGCAACAGCAAAAUCUCCAGUGUACUAAGCAAAAAUUUGUGUCAACUGCCCUCGAUAAAAGUAAACGUAAUAAAUUUAACGGCUGGUAAUCGGACGUACGUAAUUGCAAAAACAACAAAUAUAUACGAAUUUUCAAAAAAAAAAAAUCAAAAAAUAAAAAACACUUCGGUAAUAGCAGUUGGCGGUGGCAAUUAGCACGUAAAUUGUGACAAAAACCUUUUUGGCAGUGUUUCAAACUCAACUCUUCUCUUUGUUGCUGUUUGCGCUCUUCGUGUUGCGUUAAAAGCUUUAAAUUCACUUUUAUUUGGCAAGCUACACGCACUAAAGUGCUUAAGUGUUGAAAUAAAGCUACAUAGUUGGGGUUGUUGUUGUUAGUCCCGUUAGAGGACGUUAAUGGCCGAUGGAAAUGUUAUGUCAGCAGCUUCCAUAGGACAUGCAGCUGCUGACUACUAUACAGUAGUAGCGCCAGCAACAGCAACAGUCUCAGCAACACCAACACCCAUACCAACACCUACACUCAUUACAACAACAUCAACAACAGCAGGAGCAGGAGCAGCAGCAGCAGCACAACCGUCGGGCAAUAUGGCUGGCAAUGGCAGUGUAGGCAACAAUAUCUGUGGCAUCGCCGGCGGCGUCAUGCAGACGAGUAGUGGUGUUACUGUUGCGGCAGUGGGUGGCAGCAGCAGUGGCAAUGGCACAAGUAUGGGCGGUAGCAAUAUAAAUUUGAAUGGGUCAGGGACGGUCGGGGCAGUAUCAUCGGGUGCAACAGCCAGUAGCGGCAAUCAAGGUUAUCACCAGUUGAGUGUGACCAUUGAGGAAGCCUCAUUGCGUAAUAAUGGGUUUCUAAAACCAAAUCCAUAUGUUGAAUUAGUAAUCGAUAAUAAAAGUAAACGCAAAACUGAUGUGGUGAAGAAUACUUAUCUACCCAAGUGGAAUGAGGAAUUCACAGUGCUGAUAACGCCGAACUCCGCGCUGCACAUCAAAGUGCUCGAUCAUUCGAGUUUUCGCAAAGAUACUUUACUCGGCGAGCGAGUCAUCCAUUUGGCAUUCGUGCUGCAACAGUUCAAUGGACGAUGCGAAUUCCUCGAACUGACAAUGGAUCUAAUGGCCACCUCCAAAUCGGACAAUCGGCAAACGAAAGUGGGCGAGCUCGUCGCUAUGCUGAACGGACUUAAGUUAGACAUGCCGCUUGUGGCACAACAAAACGGCAACGGCAUGCAAAUGUUGCCGCCGACGAUAAAUGGCGAUGGGGCUGCGAUGCCGCCUACCGCCGGACGCAGUUACAUCAUACAAAAUGGUGUGCGUGGGCGCAUGCGUGUGCGCUGCAUGGAAAACGGACAACUUACAGCGGCAGCGGUAGCGGCGGGUAGUGGUGGUAAUGUGGCGCACUUAACUGCAGCUGGUGGCUCGCGUUCACCGAUCGCCAAUGGCAAUUUGGAGCGCUGCAGUAGUGGUGGCAACGUACAGGCUUGCGCGGUGCGUCGUGCAGCGCCACCGUUGCCGCCACCCGUGUGGGAACAACAACAGCCGAUGGCCCAAGCGCAGACGCAACAUGUCGCACAACAACAAUUACAAGUGCAACAGCAGACACAAAUGCAAGUGCAGCGUGUAACGUCGAUGAAUGGCGGCGGUGCUGUAACGGUGAACGCUGCGGGCGUUCAAGUGCGUCCGAUGUCGCAGAUGUAUGCAAAUGGCGCAGCUGUGGGUGGCGCACAGCCAAUGUCGCUGCCACCGCCACAACAAACACAACAACCGCAAACGCAGCAACAAUUAAUGGACAGUGCGCUGUUGAGCGCGGCGGGUGAUCAGGGGGCGUUGUUGGCGCAGGGGGCGAUGCCGGUCUCCAAUGUAUCGGAUCAGCAGUUGCAGGCCGCACAAGCUGACGAUGAACCGUUACCCGCCGGCUGGGAGAUACGGUUUGACCAAUACGGCCGUCGCUACUACGUCGAUCACAAUACACGUUCGACGUAUUGGGAAAAACCUACGCCACUACCGCCUGGUUGGGAAAUACGCAAAGAUCCACGCGGUCGCGUCUAUUAUGUCGAUCAUAAUACGCGCACGACCACCUGGCAACGACCGAACAGCGAACGCCUCAUGCACUUCCAACACUGGCAGGGACAGCGUGCGCAUGUGGUGGCACAAGGUAAUCAACGUUUCCUCUACUCACAACAACAGCAACAACCAACGGCAGUAACGGCGACAGUGACACAAGACGAUGAGGAUGCGCUCGGGCCGUUGCCCGAUGGCUGGGAGAAGAAGGUGCAAUCAGAUAAUCGCGUAUACUUUGUGAAUCACAAGAAUCGUACCACACAGUGGGAGGAUCCGCGCACACAGGGACAAGAAGUCAGUUUGAUGAAUGAAGGUCCAUUACCGCCCGGUUGGGAGAUACGCUAUACCACAACCGGUGAACGUUUCUUCGUCGAUCACAAUACGCGUCGCACCACCUUCGAGGAUCCGCGUCCGGGCGCACCGAAAGGUGCCAAGGGUGUAUACGGUGUACCGCGCGCCUAUGAGCGUUCCUUCCGUUGGAAGCUCUCACAAUUCCGCUACCUGUGCCAGAGCAACGCAUUGCCAUCGCAUAUUAAGAUCACAGUGACGCGUCAGACGCUCUUCGAAGAUUCGUACCACCAAAUAAUGCGUUUGCCUGCCUAUGAACUGCGUCGUCGGCUCUACAUUAUAUUCCGCGGCGAAGAAGGUCUUGAUUAUGGUGGCGUUUCACGUGAAUGGUUCUUUUUACUCUCACACGAGGUGCUCAAUCCCAUGUAUUGUCUCUUCGAGUAUGCCAACAAAAACAACUACAGUCUACAAAUAAAUCCGGCCUCGUAUGUGAAUCCAGAUCAUUUGCAAUACUUCAAAUUUAUUGGGCGUUUCAUAGCGAUGGCGCUAUAUCAUGGUCGCUUCAUUUACUCUGGCUUCACGAUGCCUUUCUACAAGCGUAUGCUUAAUAAGAAAUUAACUAUAAAAGACAUUGAGACCAUCGAUCCGGAAUUUUAUAAUUCCCUUAUAUGGGUGCGUGAUAAUAAUAUUGAUGAAUGUGGUUUGGAGUUGUGGUUUAGCGUCGAUUUCGAGGUGCUCGGUCAGAUCAUACACCAUGAACUGAAGGAGAAUGGUGAAAAGGAGCGUGUGACCGAGGAAAAUAAGGAGGAGUACAUAACGCUGAUGACGGAAUGGCGUAUGACGAGAGGUAUUGAGCAACAAACAAAAACGUUCCUGGAAGGCUUCAACGAAGUCGUACCGCUUGAGUGGCUCAAAUAUUUCGAUGAACGAGAGUUGGAGCUAAUUUUGUGCGGCAUGCAGGAUGUGGACGUGGACGAUUGGCAGCGCAACACAAUAUACAGGCAUUACAAUCGCAAUUCGAAGCAAGUGAUGUGGUUCUGGCAGUUCGUACGCGAUACGGAUAAUGAGAAGCGUGCACGUCUGCUACAAUUCGUGACCGGCACAUGCCGGGUGCCAGUCGGCGGUUUUGCUGAGCUGAUGGGCUCGAAUGGACCGCAACGUUUCUGCAUUGAGAAGGUCGGUAAGGAGACAUGGCUGCCGCGUUCGCAUACAUGCUUCAAUCGUUUGGAUUUGCCGCCCUACAAGAGCUACGAUCAGCUGGUGGAGAAGUUGACAUUUGCCAUUGAAGAGACUGAGGGCUUCUGCCAAGAGUAGAAGGCUUAAUGUCACGUACGGGGUUGGAAACGAGUGUAAACAAAAUAAAAUAUUUUUUUUUGCGUUGUUUUAGCAGAGUUACAUUAUUAUUGUACAACUGCAACUCUUAAGCAACGAAUUCGCGCCGAUUUAAUGCAAUUUUAAAGUUUUUUUUUUGUUUUGAGUUCCAAAUACACACAUGCAAAAAAAAUUUAAUAAGAAGUACAAGUGUGCUGUGUCAAAUCUGUGGUGUUUAGUUGUGUGCAUGUGUUUUUUUCUUUUGUUUAAAUUUCUAUAUAAAUUACUUAACGGCAAGCAGCUGCUUUAGCUAAGCUUAGAUUCAAACGCAUAUCAUUUCAUUGUAACUUUUUGUGAAAGACAAAAAAAAAAAAGAGGAAAAAGAGGAAG